AAUGUGUUUCCUGCAUGCAGAUCUUUGGUCAUUAAUAUGCCUCCUAUACGAUCUGGUAGAGCUUCAAAAGCAUGUGAUCUGUGUCGCAAAUACAAAACUCGCUGUUACCCUUCUGGCAGCUCCAAUGGAACUUGUUUGCGCUGCAAGACCUUAUCUCAACGAUGCUCCUUAGACUUUCAUAAUGACCUUCGACACUCGGUGCAACCACCCAUACAUCAAGAAAGAGACAAUCGACUUGUAAAUCCAGUCGUUCAAGGUCGAAGAAGCUCAGUCGAUGAUAGAUUAGAAAGACUCGAGCGAACAGUCAGCGCUUUAGUCGAUAAGCUUGAUUCGAAACUUGACGAAAUUGCUGGCUCGUCUAAUCAAGAUAAAACUUCACUCGUGGAGGUACCAGUGCCUUCUGCAGAGCUUGACCCGGCUCCGGUGUUUUUAAUACGAGAUGCAGCAACCGAUGCAGGAGUUCACUCGCCUGAGCAAGCGAUUGCGCAAACAGGACCUCAAUCAGACGCUAUAUCAACAGGUCUUGUCUCAUUAUCAACAGCCCAUUCACUCUUAGGACUAUUCCAUCUUCACUAUGGCAGAUGGGUCAGAUUUCCAGAAGACAUCCCAACAGACAGACUCCUCUUACAAGUCCGAAAAUCUCCAUUGCUAUUAUGCAGCAUCUUCUUAAUAUCAGUCCGGCACAUGACCCAGGAUUUGGCAGAUCAGCUCGCCCCCAGGCUUUUCGAGGAAUCGAAGCGCCUCAUCACAACAUCGUUACUGGAGGUUCCGCAGACUUUAGAGUUCUUUCAGGCUGUACUUAUACUAAGCCUCUGGUCGACGACUAUAGGCCAAGUUCCCUUGAGUAUUGACAGUUGGUUACUUACGGGCUAUGCAAUUCAGCAAGCACUCGCGAGCCCUCACUUUAUGCAAGUUAUCCGCCCAGGCUCGCCUCAGCAUGUUGAUGACUCGCAUAUGGACGCUUGGUGCUUGUGGAAUCACCUUUGUGUCGCUCAUCUUCAGUACUGCGUCGGGACUCGCAGGCAUUCGCUACUGACUCAAGCACAAGUUGACCAAUGUGUCAAUUUCGUCAAGUCUAAUGAGGUAAAUAACUACGAAGCGAGGAUGGGAGCAGAAGUUCAACUGUACUGGAUUAUCUACAACAAGUGUGGAGUUGCCCAGAUUGACCUUGCUGGAACCAAACUCGCUCUUCAAGCAUGGCAACAGGAUUGGAUGCUCCUUUUCAAUGAGCCCAGAUCGCAAUUUCUGCAAAUGGGCUUCCACUUCGCUCACCUGCUGGCUCAUUGUCAGUCCCUCAAGUCACCCAAAUCAGUUAUGCACAGUUCUGUUCUCAAAGAAAUGAUCAAGCAUUCAAGAAUCAUCAUCAAUCUCGCCAUCGACACAACAGACGAUCGUACUCGUCACUUGACGGACCAUAUCUAUCACAUCCUCAGCUUCUCCGCACUGACAUUAUGUCGCAUCGUUCAUACCUACGAGGCAAAGCUCCGGGCAGCAAAUUAUGAUACUGCCGAGUUGGAUAAUCUUGUCUUCAAGCUUAUCAACUGGUUCAAGACGAUUGGGCUACCUUGUCACGCUGCGCAUAUCCUCGGUGAUAUCGUCUAUGCACAGUUUCAAAAACUUCGACCUGACUUCCAGCCAACAACACCCAUUGUUUCCGGUACUCUACCUGAUAACCCCGGUGUUAUCUAUAGCGCAGAAGAGUUGUCAUUACCACCUGAUCUUUCAUUCUUAUAUCCUAACUUUAUCGGCUCCGAAAUGUUUGAUGCAGAUGGUGGGUUGGAAUCGUGGCCGGAAUGGGCUCAGGUACAUUCAGAUACAGACGCUUCUGUGUAACAAUAUUUAUCUAAUUCUAUCAACACUCUUCAAUACCUUCUAUUUAUUCAUCAAAAGAAA